CACACCAAAAAGCUAUCCGGUGUCCAUCGAUGUAACAAUGGCCGCACACCUGAAGAAACGAGUUUAUGAAGAAUUUUCCAAAGUUGUUCAGGCCCCUCAGGAGGAGGUUCCUGCCAAGAAGCUUCGUCUGACCAAACCCAGCAAGUCUGCCGCUCUGCACAUUGAUCUGUGCAAAGCCACUAAUCCCACUGACGCCCUGCAGUACCUCCUCCAGUUCGCCCGGAAACCUGUGGAGGCUGAGAGCGUGGAGGGAGUGAUCCGAAUCCUACUCGAACACUAUUACAAGGAGUCAGAUAGUUCAGUCAGACUGAAGAUCGCCUCUCUGCUGGGCCUGCUGUCCAAAACGUCAGGCUUCUCUCCAGACUGCAUCGUGGAUGAUGUCUGUAGCACUCUGAAUACUGAGAAGUCCCACCAGGUCCUGGCCCAGUUGCUUGACACACUGCUGGUCAUCGGCACUCAGCUCCUCGGCAGUGUGUCCGUCACUCAGAGACUGAUAGAGGAGGCGUGCAAGCACCUGUCUGACACCUAUUUUGGGGUGAGGAACAAGUGUUUACAGUUGCUGGGUUGUUUGGGAACGGUGGAUAAACCCCUGACUAAAGACAGUGAGCCGGUGGCUGGGAGCUCAGGGCUGUUCUGCAGAGAUGUCCAGAGUGUGAUCAGUGAUUACUUUGGUGACCAGGACCCCAGGGUCCGGGCAGCUGCCAUUAAAGCCAUGCUCCAGCUCCAUGAAAGAGGGAUGAAGCUUCAGCAGGCCAUAUACACUCAGGCCUGUAAACUGCUGGGUGAUGACUAUGAGCAUGUUCGUUCUGCAGCUGUGCUGAUGGUAUGGGUGCUGAGUCAGCUCUACCCAGAGAGUAUUGUCCCCAUCCCCUCAUCCAAUGAGGAGAUUCGGUUGGUGGACGACUCGUUUGGAAAGAUCUGUCACAUGGUCAGUGAUGGCUCAUGGGUUGUCAGAGUCCAAGCUGCCAAACUGCUGGGCUCCAUGCACCAAGUGAGCUCUCACUUCCUUGAACAGACGCUGGACAAGAAACUGAUGUCAGAUCUCAGGAGGAAACGCACUGCUCAUGAACGAGCAAAAGAGCUGUACGCUUCCGGAGAAUUCUCCUCAGGUCGCAGGUGGGCAGAUGACGCCCCUAAAGAGAAGGUGGACACAUCGGGAGUGAACCUGAUCGACUCUGGGGCCUGUGGCGCGUUUGUGCAUGGUCUUGAGGAUGAAAUGUACGAGGUGCGGAUCGCUGCUGUGGAAGCGCUGUGUUCUCUAGCCAUGUCCUCCCCCGCGUUUGCAGAGAAGUGUCUGGACUUCUUAGUGGACAUGUUUAAUGAUGAAAUAGAGGAGGUCAGGCUGCGCUCCAUCCACCUCCUUAGACACAUCUCAACACACAUCACACUCAGAGAGGACCAGCUGGACACUGUGCUCGCUGUGCUGGAGGAUUCAUCACGGGACAUUCGUGAGGCCUUGCAUGAGCUCCUUUGCUACACCAACGUAUCCACUAAAGAGUGUAUUCAACUGGCCUUACUGGAGCUGCUCAAGAACCUGGCUAAAUACCCCACGGACUGCAACUCUGUCUGGAAGUGUUUGAAGUUCCUCGGUUCUCGUCACCCUACUCUGGUUCUUCCCCUUGUCCCUGAGCUGCUGAGUACUCAUCCGUAUUUCGACACUCCAGAGCCAGACAUGGACGACCCAGCGUACAUUGCAGUGCUUGUCCUGGUCUUUAACGCUGCCAAAUCCUGCCCCACCAUGCCUGCUCUGUUCUCAGACCACACCUUCCGCCACUACGCCUAUCUGAGAGACAGUCUGUCCCACCUGGUGCCCCAGCUCAGGUUGCCAGGCAGAAAAUUGACGGCAGGUCUGGGAUCGGAGCAGUCAGACUUGCCGUCCAGCAGCGUGGAGUCCGCCCAGCAGUUCCUGCAGGAGAGUCUGGCUCGAGUGGGCACGCUACAGAAUCUGGACUCACCUGGAGCUCAGGACUUACUGGACUUCACCAUCAGGGACCUGCAGAGGCUGGGGGAACUGCAGCCUGAACUGGCCGGCUCAGCUGACUUCUCCGCCACAUACCUCCACUGCCAGCUCCUGCUCAUGAAGGCCCUGCAGGAGAAACUUUGGAACAUGGCAGUACCCCUCUGCCUAAAGCAGAAUGCUAUGGCCUCAGCUGCUGCCAAACAGAUUCUGGAGGAGACGUAUAAACUGGAAUUCCUGUACAGUGGUCUUGAGACACGACAGGUGGCCACCAUUCACAACGUCCGUCUGCAGGCCAAGGCAUUACGUCUCAUCUUGACCACACGCACAAAACGCGGGGAUGAGCCUCUCAUUAAUGUCUGUGAGAGGUUCCUGCAGGAGGUGGAAACCUUCCAGAGGCUCUUUGUGACUGAGUUGACACACUUCCAGGACAGCUUUGUGGAGAAACUUCUAGAACUGAUGCCCAGACUUGUCACCUGCAAACCUUUGGACCUGGUCAAAAUUCUUCAGACCACACUGAGACAGAGCAGUUUUAUACACCUCAAACUCCCAGAGCAGAUCCACAGAGCUUCUGCUACCAUAAUAGAGCCAACUGGGGAGUCAGACAACCCACUGCGCUUCACCUCUGGCUUGGUGGUGGCGCUGGACAUUGACGCAACUCUGGAACACGUCCAGGACCCACAAACCACAGUCAAAGUGCAGGUCCUGUACCCUGACGGCCAAACCCACAUCAUUCACCCGAAACCAGGAGACUUCCGAACCCCAGGCCCUGGAAGAGUAAGGCUCAUCACCCAGGUGUACCUUUCCCACUCAGCCUGGACAGACCCCUGUCAGAUUGAAGUGAGGUUGCUGCUAGCUUACAGCUCUGGUGCCAAUAAGCUAUCUACACCCAAACCUGCAUGGAAUGAGAGCAUGGAAGGUUUCCCGCCAACAGAGAGCUCUACUGAGGGAACCAUCCACCUGAGCAAGCCCGUGAAAGUGUACAUCAUGCCCAAACCAGCGCGCCGUUAACCAAACAGAACACACACACUCACACAAAGUUAACGUCAAACAUAUGCUACAGCUGGACUCCUG